CGUCGUUCAUCUUAAUGGAAGCACUCGAGUCAUUAAUGGUCUAAUUAACUUCUCCUAUUGAACCCCAUCGAUCGAGGCACAGAACGAUCCUCUUGUUAUUUAACCAGCAUCGAUCAUCAACAAAUGAAACUUCGAAUCGUUGAGAAAAAUUUGUUGAGAAACUUUUCGAAAGGAUGAAAGCGAAUAUAAUAAUAAUCGUUUUUUUCGGUCCUCGAUCGGUCUUCGUGAAGCAAUCGGUAAAAUAGAGAAAUCUAUUCUUCUUGAUUAGAGAUCUCGAACGCUGUCCACAAGAUGAAAGAAGAGAGAAGAUAGUCGGCUACAUGUUGUCCCGAUUCAUUCGAGAUCUUUCAGUGGAUAGUGCUGUGGAAGAAAGAGGAAAGAAGAAGAAGAAGGGGGAGGAUUCUGGUGUGCCGGUUUUGUGACCGUUCGGUCAGCGGGCCUUGGAGAAGUCCCGCGACGGUUCCUAUUACAAAGUGGUCACAAUCGAGGCCGGUGAACGUAAUGUGACCCAGAUAGGUGAAGAGAUGAUGACGGUGACUCCGUCCACCUCCGAUGUCGCUGACAAGGCAGUGUCCACGGACGAUGGUGGCAGUGGUAUGGAGGUGGCACGCCUCGAAGCCGUCCUCGCCGCCCUGGUGGAGACGAAAGUGGAGGCGAUCAAAGCAUCCUCGGCUUUGGGCAAGCGUUCUGGUAGCGCGCCAGCCAGCCCUCGCCGGCUCAGACUCACCUCGACAUCGACCGCCUCCUCCUCCCUUAAUCACCAACAUCGAAGGAAGAGUCAUCAUCAUCAUCAUCACCAUCACCACCAUCACCACCAUCAUCGUAGGAGGCACGACUCGGCGCCGUGCAACGACUUCAUCGAUGACUCCACCGAUCAUCGGCACAAUGGACAUCAUGGUAAAACACGGCGGAGGGCGUCAGAAAGUCCACGACGUCCAAAAAAAAAGCGCAAACACUCGAAAAGCCCGCACAUCCUUCACGGUGUAAUCCAAGACGUCCCAACAGGUCUUGAUUCACGUUUAGAGCUUUUUGGGAUGGAUGGUGAUCAAGAUCUCGCAUUGAUAAACUUUGAAAGGACUCGAGAAACUCUCAGCGAUUCCUGUGAAUAUCCACAGUUGCACCGAAGUGCCUCAUAUUUUCCCCAAAGUACUGCUCAAUUAAAGAUUCACUACGACGACGACGAUUACGUGGCGUUGAACAUAGCGGAUGAGCUGGAAGAAGAAGAGAUCUUGAGCGGUACUGAGAAGAUCGAGGCACCUCGGGAGAAGUAUCACCGGCCACGUAGAAAGAGGAAGCGGAAACGGCGCAAGAUUAACAAUACCGGUCCUCAAGAAGAGCUUGUCGAUCCUGAAGAACUUCCACCACGGGCGCGUUGGACGAUCGUGGCCACAGCUUGCCUCCUUCUCACCAUGUCUUUGCUCUUGGUCGGGGUUACCCUUAGAAUGGCGCCAAUCAUCGACGACAUGGUGCGCAGAGAAAACGAGGAGCUGUUGAAUUCCCUCAACAGAGUCUUCGUAACUGAAAACUCAACAAUGACACUCUGAAGAAACUGUUUUCUAAGGAAGACGAGUGGCCUGUUUUGAUGCGUCUUUCGAAGAAGUUUGAAAUUGAGGCAAGAAGCAAGAAGCAGAAGAAGAAGAAGAAGAAGAAGAAGAAAAAGAAAAACUAUCGCUUAACUUCGAAGUAGAAGAAGAGAUCAAGGAUCGUUUUUCAAAAGCAGGCAAAGUUUUAUUACAAUUCCAUUUUAUCCAAGACAUAUAGUUAGGUGUAGCGAGGAAAUUUCAUUUGUCUAUGUCGACACGAGGCUAAUUUGUCCACUCUGCCGAUAGAAUACGAACUUCGAAUUAAAUCUAUAACAAGAUGGUGUCGACAUCUGUAAUUCUGUUCUCGUUGUUUCGAAGGUAUGUCCAAUCUCACUUUUUUUUCAUUGAAAUGUAUAAUUUGAUAUUCUCUGGGAGGAAUCGAAUAUUACACUGUCUCAAAAAUUCUUUUCAUUUUUUUUUUUUUUUUCUAUACGAAUUUAUUAUGUUUUUUUAGAACUUUUGCAAUUUCGAUGGAUCAUACAAUGAUAUUUUGUCGUUUGUGAAAUUUUAUAGAAUUGAUGGUAUUAAUAUUCCAUCUAUUAU